AUGGCGUCUCCUAGGGCAAAGACUCCAGAGAGCAACGCCAAUGCUGUCGUGGGCCGCUCGGUACUGCUUACAGCACAGAAGGCCAAUCAAGAUGCACCGGAACCUAAGCCAAACAAAGGUGGACGACCUAUCCGUCCUCAGAGGCGUGUGCCCAAGAAGACAUAUUUUGACGGCGAUGACGAUGACCACGACGAUGGCGAGCUCGUUCCCGACGGCUCCGAUAUUGCCAACGAAAGUAUUCCGAAAACACAACCAAAAGCGGAUGCUCUCGGCCUUCUUCUUGAAACAGAUCUGGAGAUGGAAGAGGAGUUCAGUACUCGUCCCAAGAAAUCAUUGAAAGCCCAGCUUCAGCCAGAGGCUCAGGCCAAACCAAGCACGCGCUCCAAGAAACAGCAAGCCAAGGCCAAGCCCGUUGCUGCGAAGGCAAAGCCCAAGUCAUCCGUGUCGCGCAAAGCAAAGGAGGACCAGCAAAUCGACCGUCUACCCGAGUCGACGACAGAUGAAUAUGAUAUUGAUGCUUCAUCGCCCGACACGCGUCACAAGAUUACCACUACGAGAUCUGCCCAGAAGGCUCCAGCUGCAAGAGCAAAAGCAAAGGGCAAGCCGAAUAAAGGCGGAGUCAUCGUCUCAAAGAAGCCUGUCACUGAAGAUGUCAAAACUAUCAUCAUUGAUGAUAACGACAGCUCUUCAGAUUAUGAAGACCCCGAGGAGUUGGUCAAGGCCCCGCAAACCAAAGCCUCGGACAGAAAGCCUCUUCAGCCUCUUCAGCCCAGCCAGGUGCAGAGCCGAAACCGCCAGGAAAGUCUGAUUAAUGAUCGAAGCGCUCGGAAGCCUCACCUGGUUUCCUUUGACAAGAAUGGUCCGAGAAACCAGGGCAUGACGGACAGCCAGCUUGUCAAGGCAUCUCACCUACAUAAGCAAGCAGCCUCCCGUGCCUCCCCAGCCUCGCAUGAUCGUGUCAUUGAACAGACCGAUGAUUUCAUUGCAGAUGUUGGUGAUGGCCUGGAGCUCCAGUCUUUCGACAUGACCUACCCUGAACCAGUUGGUGGUGGGUUCGGGAAUGGAAGAACCACCACUUUCAGCCAGCGUCUUCUUGGAUUGGGACCUGCGCAGGAUAAAUCUAAAAACCCUGGCUUCCCGCUGUUUGAGGUGCAGCCGCCGUGCCAUCGAGGUCAGGGAUCUGGGCAAGAUGGCGGGUUCAAUGCAGUCGCGCAACGCAUGUACCGGUCUCUCGGAACCAACACGACGACUGUUCAACCCCAUAAGCCAAAGGCUUUCAGCGGCGGCUUACCCCUGAGUCGUGAAUAUGAACUAAGAACGAAAGAGUGGAUAGAUGACGAGGUGAGCCCGCUACAGAAGGCGGGAGAGCCGCUUGAGGUUGGCACAGGUAGUCCAUCUCCGGGCGGCAUUGUUGAGGCAUUGCACUCGAUCAACAACGGGAGAGAGGCGGGCUUGGACGAUGUUGUACAUGAGUAUAUGGUCAAUGCCGGCGAUAUCGUGCAACGCAUCGCCACCAGGCAUACCAGGGAGCGGGAGACGGUAGGACGACAGUUCGACACCUGUCGCAAGGAUCUGAUCAACGUGUGGUCGGGUACGCGUCAGGACAUCCACUCAAUGGCGGAAGCUGUUGCCGCCGUCGAUAUUAGUGCCAUCAUGGCCGCUAUUCGCCGCGACAAGAGUCUUGAGCGGCUCCGUGCCACUCAGGGUGCCUGA